CUUGCAGAACAUAUUGAGAGUAACAGCAUAAAAUUCUUCUUCUUCGUUUUUGAAAAAAUGGAACCUUCAGCAAAAACGAAUUUGGGAAAAAGUUCAACCUCCUCAAAUUACAAUGAUUAUCAUGUUAAUAAUGAUGAAGAAAACCAGCACUGGUCCUAUGCCAUGCAACUGGCUAGCUCCUCUGUGCUUCCCAUGGUGAUGCAAGCAGUGGUCGAGCUAGACGUGCUGGAGAUCAUGGCCGAGGCGGGUCCCGGUACUCACCUUUCUGUGUUGGAGAUAGUGUCGCGGAUUCCCACUCGAAAUCCUGACGCAACCGCCAUGCUGGAUCGGAUGCUCCAGCUCCUGGCCAACCACUCUGUGCUCACUUGCUCCGUCCAGCCAACUUCUGCGGUUGUCAUAAAUAAUAGCAGCGGCAGCAGUGACGGUGGACGGAGGUUGUAUGGGCUGGCACCUGUGGCCCAAUACUUUGUUAGGAACAAAGACGGAGUGUCAUUAAGGCCCCUCAUGUCUAUGCUUCAGGACAAGGUUUUCAUGGAUAGCUGGUACGAGCUAAAAGGGGCAUUUGUGGAUGGAGGCAUUCCAUUUAACAGGGUGCAUGGGACACAUGCAUUUGCCUAUUGUGGUAAGGACCCAAGAUUCAAUGAUGUUUUCAACAAGGCAAUGUGCGACCACACAAACAUAGUUAUUAGAAAAAUCCUAGAAUCCUACAAGGGUUUUGAGCAACUCAAACAUCUUGUUGAUGUCGGUGGUGGUCUCGGUGUCGCCCUCAACAUCAUCACCUCCAAAUACCCAUCUAUUAAGGGUAUUAAUUUCGACCUGCCCCAUGUUAUCCAACAUGCCCCAACCUAUCCUGGUGUGGAACAUGUUGGGGGAGAUAUGUUUGUAAGUGUUCCCAAAGGAGAUGCCAUUUUCAUGAAGUGGAUACUUCAUGAUUGGAGUGAUGAUCACUGUUUGGAGCUGCUAAAGAAUUGCCACAAAGCUCUACCAGAGAAUGGAAAGGUUAUUGUAGUUGAAGGAAUUGUUCCAUUGGCACCACCUGAUAAUACUAUGGCUGCUGCUUCUGCUGCAGCAAAAGUGAUUUCCCAAAUCGACAUGAUCAUGUUGACUCAAAACACUGGUGGGAUGGAGCGAACGCAACCUGAGUUUCAGGCCUUGGCUGCUGAAGCUGGAUUUACUGGCAUUCGAUUCGAAUGUUUUGCCAGCAACUUCUGUGUCAUGGAGUUUUAUAAGUAGGUGGAUUAUUAGACUCGACCUAAUAAACUUUUAUUAUUCCUGUGUGAGAUGGUUUUCCCAUUAGGGUUUUCCAUGUUAUUUGUGUGUCUUGUGUUUUGAUCUUUGUUCUUUGAAUUGCAAAUCAUAUGGUCGAUUUCAUAAUGUUUGGAUAUUUCAUAUAUUGAAUAAACAAUUACGGAAAUUUUAUAGGAUGUA